AUGUCUCAGGCAGAGCUCGCCGUCUUCGGACGCCCAACUGCCUUUACUGAUGGUCCUGGCUCGCUCACCUUUGCGGAACAUCGUUGGCUUCGAUGUCGUACCUUUUUCGAGGAAGCCGGAUACAGGUUUCGCGCACCCAGAUACCAGGAAGGUUGGGUGCCAUCGUGGAGGGGGAAAAAUCAGUUCUACCACGAAACAGAGGAUGGACAAGUCAGGGCCAAUAUCAUGUUCGAUGCCAUUAGGACUUCAGACGGGGCGCCUGUCAUCAUGAAACCCAUGAGCGCCUCCGACGGCCCUUAUGAAAUGGAACUUACUCGUUACGUUAACACGGAACCCAUCGCUUCAGACCCUCGCAACCAUUCAGUGAAGCUCUUAGACAUUUUGAAUGUGCCGGAAAUGGGAACGCUCAACGAUGAGCCGUCACUUGCGAGGCGAGAGGAUGUAGAAGUGCUCGUCUUUCCCUUGCUCAGGCCAUGGAACAGCCCUUCAUUUCAUACUGUUGGUGAAGUUAUGGCUAUGCUGACGCAGAUGCUCGAGGGAAUCCACUUUUUACAUGAUAACCAUGUAGCUCACCGUGAUUGCACAUACAACAACCUCAUGAUGGAUCCAACGACCAUGUAUCCUGAGUCAUUCCACCCUAUCGCUAACAAUCGUAGCCGUGAUUAUAAACGCCACGCCAAACACUACACUCGUACCCAACGGCCUCCUCGUUACGUCUGGAUUGAUUAUGGCCACGCUCGUCGCUACAACCCCGAGGACGGCCCGCCACUGGAGCUGCCACAACUGGCAGGCGACAAGUCUCCGCCAGAGCACAAUGGUCCCAAUCAGGAUAUACCCUGCGACCCCUUUGCGACCGAUAUAUACUUCCUUGGCAAUUUCAUCCGUCUGCAUAUCUAUCAAGUAUGUCCCAUCCCUUCUCGUAUAAUUUCUGCGAAUUAUUUCGGGUUCCAAUUCAUCUACCCUUUGAUCAGCGAUAUGACGAAGGCGGAUCCGUCGAAACGUCCGAAAAUUGACGAAGUUGUAGCUCAGUAUCAUAAAAUCCUGGACUCUUUGAGUGGAUGGAAACUGCGAUCGGGAUUGAUUAAACGGAAGGAGAUCGUUCUGAGUGUGUACAAGCUUGUACCUCAUUUCAUACGCACUAUCGGAUACGUUUGUGCAGGUUUACCCUCCAUUCCCAAUCCCUGA